CAGAAAAUUACAGAUAAACUAGGGCGCCAUGGGAUAUAGAAAGACCAGAGAAACUGCGCUGAAGAAAACUAUUCUGCUUCUUUUCGUUUCGGGCCAAAUAUUCUAAAUUCUAUAUUUCGUCUUCUUUACACGCUGGGAAUCGGUAUUUGAUUUUUGAAAAAUUGUGCAGAAUUUUUCCUCGGGAUAGCAUUGGCCGGCGCAGUUGAUCUCGAUCCGUCACCGUUUGCAGAACUCGAUCGGUUAAUCCAAGAGAGUAUGACUAAUGAAACAAUAGCAGCUCUGGAGCGUGGAGAACGUCCACUCUCGGGCGUCGAGUUGCUUUUCGGUAAAAACGCGGAGGAGGCCAGAAAACCAUGGUGUAUAGACCCAUUCACUAUAAUGAUACCCUCAUGAGUGGCACUCACCGAUCAUAUUGACCGUUUGAGUCACGAGGUGGCAAGUGGUAAAAAAUCUAUUGCUUCCAUCGACAGACGGCCGCGGAUUAACAUGAACCGGGUCGGGUGGUAUAGGGGUGCUUGUGAGUCGUCUGAAGACCAGUGGUCUGCCUUGGAGAAAAGGUUUGAAGCUGAGUUCAACAUAACUGAAGAGGAACGAGCCGAGGCCUAUGAUAUACUUAUGGGCGCAGACAUAAUCUCUGAGCGCAAGAAGUUGGAGGAGAAGGUAAUAGAGAACCCUGAAACCAUAUUGACAUUUGAAUAUGUCAAGAAGAUAGACGAUGGAGAAAGGGAAUCUGAUGAGCUUGCCAAGAAGGAUUACAUGAAGUUAAAAAUAGAGUGGAAGAAGAAGAUUGAUGACCUACAGAAAAUGAGGGGUAGAGAAUGA